AUGGAAGUUGCAAGUAGCUUCAGUCCGGGCGCCUCCACCUCAGAUGAAGAGACGGAUAAGUCCCAGCUAAAGGACAUAGGCGUCGACUUUGACGAAACUGAGAAGCAUGUCGAGGCGACGAGCUAUUAUUUUAUGGUUGAUGAAGAUUCCUCGGACGAUCUGGAGGACGAAAGUAAUCUGCGUGAGUCUCUGCAGCCACUUUGGCAUUCCAGUUCGUCCAAGGAAAAUGAAUCACACUCGGACGAAGAAACGAAUCUUGACAUUGACCAUAUAAUGGGAUACGACAAAAUUGACGACUAUGCAAAAAUUGAGGUACGCGAGCUAGUCCAAGAGGACACAAUCGAGGAGAAAGUUAAAUUCUUAGCAAAUUUCAUAGUGCCAUCAUUAUCGGAUAUAUCUGAAGAGCAUGAGCCCAAUGUGAUCAAAUCGAAGACCAUAUCCGAGACACAAGGAAAAUUUGUAAAUCCGAUCGACGAGAAAAGCAACAGCAGCAGCAGCAGCAGCGAGAAAAGCAACGACAGCGAGAGCGCCGAGUAUAAAACAAUUACGCCGGAAAGCACGAAAACUAAUUCGAUUGGCCUUAUAGACACUAGCUCAGCUGAUAAUAUAACCAUUAACUCCGACGGACUUGACUCUGUGGAUUUCGAGAUAUUCCAGCCGCCUGUAAGAAAGGAAACCAAUUUUACAUUCGAAAAAGCUUUAGUCCACGGCUUUCGAUUAGGUUCCCUCAUUGAACCUGAGCCAACUUAUAAGGAAGAAUGGAUGGAGCUGGCAAAAGGUUUCCUAACCGAAAUAAUUAAUCAAGUCGUCAACAAAGCGGAGGCAGACAUUGCAAUCAAUCUUGCUUCCAACAAAUUUGAUAAGAGCAAGCUAAUGGAUCAGCUACACCAUGAAUUUACUAACUAUAUGAUUGAGCGGGAAUUCAAUUAUUCUUUGAAUAGUAAAAUGAGUGAAUACUAUAAGCGCGGACAAAAUACUAGAACACUAUCACCGCUCAAACCAAACGAAUACAGAAAAGAAUACCUCCGAUUUAUUGCCGCUCUUAACCUUUUGGAUCACAGGCUGAAAAUCGCUGCUGAGACCAAAAAGCGUACUGCCUUUCUCAUGUCCAGUGUAUCGAUGGACCUUUCAUAUAUAAUGAACAUUGUCAUGGGAACCGAAGAGCAUUUCGAUGACCUUGUGAUGAAAACCCUGACUACCAAUAGGUCCGACUACAUGAAGCAGUUCGUCGAGCGAGAGCUGCGGUACAUGAGUCAAAAGCGUUACGAGAUCAGUGAUACACGCCUAUUUCUAAUCACCAGGAAGCACACAUUGGGACGCAUCGCUGAUAAAAUUAAAAAAUUGGAAACAAUCAAUGAGGAAAUCAGCAUGGAUGACUUUAUCAACAUACAGAAUCAAGUGGUAGCAUUGACCAAAAAAAUUGAGGAACGUAAUUUGGAUCUAAAGCGUGUGCGCCAAAUGCAUCAUAACGAGUUGCAUCAGCUUCAACACAAUCGUGAGAAGGCCAAGAUAAUGCGUGCAAAAUCCAAAAUCUGUGAAUCACUACUCCUUGACAAGCAGAUGGAAGAGGAUUCGAUUCGCGGCACUCUCUGUGCAGCCAAAUUGGAGCGUAAUAAAAUACGUAAAGACUACUCAGACCUCAGUUAUCGGGGCGGACUAAUGGCAAUGCCAGCCUUAAUGUACGAUUUUGAUGAAACGGUAAACAAGAUAAAGGAAAAGAAAGCCAGCAUCGAGGAACUGAGAGAGUCCAUUAAGAAGAUAUCGCAACGUGUUGCAGAGCUUGAAGCGCGAUGUGUUUAAGAUAUACUAACAACUAAGUCGAGCAAA